AUGGCUACGCUCCUCCGUGACCCUAGGAUCGAUGACUACGAUAUCCUUGCCAUCCAGGAGCCAUGGAUAAAUCCCUACAACGCCACAACGCAUCACCCGGCGAAGGACCGCUUCCACCUCUGCUACCCGUCGAACAGGGAAGAAGGCCUAGCAAGGGUCUGUUUCUUUGUGAACAAGAAGCUAGACCACUUGAAGUGGCAAUUCAAGGAACACAGCAAAGAUCUCUGUACUCUCACUCUGGGAUUUAACGUAGGCCGGAACACUGAAGUCGCCAUCCACAACAUAUACAACCCGCAAAACCAAGAUAACGACAGGAUGAGAUCCUUACAGCAACUACGGAAAACGCUAGAAGCUAAACACCACAUCGAACAAAUAGUGGUAGGGGAUUUCAACCUUUACCACGAGCUAUGGGGAGGAAGCGAGAUCCGGAAGCCAGAUGCCGAAGCGAGAGAACUGAUAGAACUGAUGGAAGAUUUCGACCUCAUCAAUCAACUACCCGUGGGCACGAUUACAUACAUGGAGGGAGACGGCCGCUCAACAAUAGACCUCUGCCUUAUCACAGUUGGGCUGGUUGACAGGCUCAUAAAAUACGGAAUAGACGACAACGUAAACCACGAAUCAGACCACCUUCCUAUCGCAACAUCGCUAGACCUGACAAUCGCACAACUACAACAAGAAGAGAAGAGAAACUAG